GUUAAUUUGAGGUUUUGAAUUGUUUGGGGUCUAAGAAGUUGAAACACAAAAUAUUGACUUUUUAUUUUGUUAUUGUAAAUCUACCCCCAAAGUACAGAUCACAACUACAGAACAUUCAUGUUGCUAUCAUUGUGAGACACAAGUUUGUGCAGAAAUAUGGAUAUGAAUCAGUUCUGAGACCACUGAUAGCUGACUUGUUGAAACUCCAAGUUGACGGGUUGACCAUCAAUAUUAACAGCGAACAACAUACAAUCAAAGGGGCACUCGUAUCUGUAGUGUCCGACAAUCUUUGCGCUCACUCUUUUGCUGGAUUCUCGACUUGUUUCAGCAGUGGAAGAAUUUGCAGGCAUUGUCUGUGCCGCCAUGAGGAGUUAGCAGUCCACACUGCUGAAAAUUCCUGUGUACUACGUACACCUGCUGUUCGUAAAUGUCAUGUGGACCAUCCUGAUAGACAGGCUUAUGGUGUGACAGGACCCUGUCCAUUUGAUGUCAUUCCUCACCUUGUGGUUUCUGAGAAGUUUCCCCCAGACGUCAUGCAUGACGUUCUGGAAGGCACCAUUCCACACAUAAUUAAGUUGCUAUUGCAACAGUUUCAAGGGGAGAAAAUUGUAAACCUCCACAAGUUCAAUACACAAUUGAACAAACUUUGCUUUGGCCAGAAUGACAGGAAGCAUAAGCCUGUGCCUCUAAAAGAAUCAGUUCUCCGUGAUGCAGCUCUGCCAGGGAAAGCAAUAGAAAAGUGGACUCUCUUUCGCCUCUUUCCUCUAAUGAUUGGUAGAUUUGUUCCCAAAGACAGCCCUCACUGGCAUCUGUACCUGCUUCUGUGGAACAUUUGUGACAUCAUCUUAGCCCCACAAAUCAAACUCAGUUGGCUUGGGUACCUGUUCUCCCUCAUCUCUGAAUUACUGGCAGAGCUCCAGCUCCUUUUUCCUGCCAAAUUUACUCCCAAAACCCACUAUCUUUGUCCACUAUCCACGACUCAUUUGUGAAUUUGGGCCUCUCAGAGCACAUUGGUGCAUUCGGUUUGAAGCCAAACAUUUGUAUUUCAAGCAGCUAUCAUCUGUUGUAUGCAUCUUCCAGAACAUUUCAUUAACAGUUGCUAAAAGAUAUCAAAUGUGCCAGUGUUACGAUAUACAGAAAGGCACGGCCACUGCUGUGGCACCUGGUGCAUGUAGAGAAGUACCUCUAUCCAAACUACAAGCACUGAAAGAAGUGAUCACUUCUGGGGACAUUCCAAAUGAAACAGUCUGGAAGACUGAAAAAAUUGUAAUAGACCGUACCACAUAUAAAGUUGGAGAUUUCUUUGUACUUGAUGUGGUUUAUGGGUAGGAGGUCCCAAUUUUUGUAAAAGUCCUCCAUAUUGUUAAGUAUCAGGGUCAGUGGCUGGCUUGUGGACUUAUCUAUACAUCAACACAUUUUGAGGAGCACCUUCAUGCGUACUGUGUCCAAAACACAAGGAAGUGGGUUGCCUUCAAACCAGGGGAUGAAGCAGAUUUCCAUCCACUAGAUGCAUAUACAGAUGUUAAUGACAACCUGUUCAUCACUCUGCACCACAAGCCACUAGGCCAUGGCGUCCUAGAAGACUGACACAGAAGAAUGACAUUGAUGGAGCGACCCUCACAUUACUAACUGAGAGGAUGACAAAGAGAUUGUUCCCCUCAAUAAAAAGACAAGCUCAGUUCCUUAGGUGCCUUCAGGACCUGAAGUCAUCGUCAUCGUCGUUGUCAUCUUUGUCUUCAUCUUCAUUAACAACAACAACAGAUGAAACCAGACCUCAUGAUGAGCAAACAGCUUGUGCUUCACUGCAGUUUGUUUUCCCCAAACCCCUAAGGGAUGCACUUGACGCGAAGGAUCCAGAGCUUCUGGCCCCUCAGAGAACCAAGAUUAAAUAUGUUCUUAUACAAGUUCUAUAUGACACCCUCAGCAACAAAACUAUGUUGGUUUCUUUAUCAUUCUUAUGGACAAUUACUGCACAUUGUAGCUUUUAGUUGAGAUUAUAAGCCACUUUUUACAUUGGGGAUGCCUGCAGACAAAUCAGAAUACAUAUCUAUCUUAGGUUUACUGUUGCUACUCUCACUCAGAGCCUCCACUGAUGUGUAAUCUUGCUAUAGUAUGUACAAACAUUUAAAACUUGUUCCACUUACUCUUCAACCCCCCCCCAAAAAAAAGGUAUCCCUCAGCCAAACAAUAUACGGAGAUUUUAAGCCGGUUCACACGCAAGUAUCCCUUCAUGCGGGAGAAAGUUGGUUCAGGACAUGUGAGUAAGCACAAAAUUAGGCUGUUAGUAUAUGUUCACAUUCAGCUCCAUUGUAAGGAUAUAGCUACUGUAACUCCCCUGUCUUGGUUGCAGGAUGCUUUACGUGACUCUUUAAAAAACAAAUUCAAAAAGGAAAGGCGACCCCUUAUUGGUGACUCAAUGGUGCAACUAAUCCGUGCAAAAUUUGCUGUGGCAGGAUCUGGAAGAAAACGUAGUUUUCCGGGUCAGCCAAGCCAGCUUCUCCACAUCAACAGGCCCACUGCUCAGGAGAGUGAAGAAUGUAGAGAGGAUGAAAGGAGCAUUGAAGCUCAUAUCAAUGAAAUGUCUACAGAGAUGCUUAAGCUUCUGUGGGAGAUGAAGGAGCAAUUCCUUGUAGAAGCUGAUCGCAGAAUGGUAGCAGAGCUGGAUCGAAUGGCAACGAAGAUGGUUCAAAGAGCAUCUAUGUGUGACCUAGAGGACUGCUGCCAGAGGGCAAUCAAUGCCUGCCUGGAUGAUUCAGUAAGACGAGGACUCAUUAGGGAUGCAGCAAUUCUACUGCUGCCUUCCAUUUUCAGAGGACUCAUCCUUUCUAUACACUAUACUGGAGGAGCCAAGCGUGCCUUCUCCAGCAAUCAUGCUCCAUAACACACACGAGGGGAACCCUUUGCAGGCACAAAGGAUAACCCUACACCCGGAUGGUAUACAGGUUUUGACUGAGGACAGCAGCAUGGACAUAUCAUAUGCUAUGAGUGCAUUAAUGUCACUCUAUUUUGUUUUUGCUGUCCAGUACCCAAAGGAACUGAGAAAAACUCUUAUUUUCAUUGAAAGAUUUGUGUUGGGGAUCAAGGACCACAGUGUUGUACCCAUUUCAGUGAAGAGACUAUACAACUGUGUCAGAAGUGGGGAGUAGUGAGUAGAUGUGUUGCAGCAUGAGAUUUCAUGCUUUAUGUUCUUGUUAAUGGUCAAAUUCCUGCUGAUGCCCUUUGUUUGUACAUAUUGAUAAAAAAAAUAUCCCUUAUUUAAUACAUAUUUUGGACCAAUACAUUUUGUUUGAUUUUGGCAUAGUGACAUCUCUAGAUUUCCAUUAUUGUUACAAUACGUAACAUUUUGAGUACUUCUUACACAACACUGAAAAGUAUUUCAACAUUAUUUAAAUCAAUGUGAAAACUUUGUGGGAUUCCCUCACUUUCUCAUGAUUCUGUUCCACUGUCACAAUUAGUACAUACCAGUGACGUGCGGUGAGGUUGAUGGCUGGUGAGGCACUGACUUCAUCACAGUCAGAUUUACAAACAUAUGAAAUCUAAAGAGUAUCUUAUUCACCAUUUGAUUGGCAGCAGUUAACGGGUUAUGUUUAAAAGCUCAGGCUUGGAAUUGGGGGUUAAAUCACCAAAAAUGAUUCCCAGGCGCGGCGCCGCUGCUGCCCACUGCUCCCCUCACCUCCCAGGGGGCGACCAAGGGGAUGGGUCAAAUGCAGAGGACAAAUUUCAUUACACCUAGUGUGUGUGUGACAAUCAUUGGUACUUUAACUUAACUUUAACUUUACACAUACAAACUGUAGCACACAAAAAAGCACAUUUAAUUAAAAAAAACGUUAUUAUGGUCUUACCUUUACUUAGAAAUUAAGUCCA